AAAUAAAUUACAAAUCGUAACGAUAUAUAUGAAUGUAUUGAAUGUAUUAAUAGUGAAGAAGUUGUGGACAUAAUUGAGUGAUAGUUAAGAUGUCAAGUGAAGAGCCAUCGAAAGAGUCGGUCACCACUAAUAGGUGUCAGUUCUUCGUCAAGAAGAGUAAUACGAAUCGUCGUAUUCGUCAAAAAGUCAGUCGACAGUCGUCUUCAAGUGACGCGUCCGACGAAGAGUCGUCUGUUGUGGUGAAGAAUCGUAAAAGAGAUGCAAAUCCUAUGAUUCAGUCAACGCUUUCAUUUAAUAAACUAAAGAAACAAAAGAAUAAUUCAGAAACAAAUGAUAUCAAUGAAGAAUCUGAUAGUGAAGAUAAAGACUCGUUUAGAUUUACUUACCGCUCGAAUAAAAGCGGACAAAGAGAGGGACCCGAAGAUAUGGGCGCCACGUCUAUCAUACAGACGGAAACUGAGAAGGAAAAGGACGCGCAAAGUAUUUAUCAAAAGGCUUUGGAAGUAAAUAAAGAGCUCAAAGGCAAAGAAGAUGACCACAUAUAUCGUGGUAUUAAUAAUUACACCCAAUAUGUGACCAAAAAAGAUACUCCGAUGGGCAACGCAUCCUCAGGACACGUCCGCAGAGGUCCCGUGAGAGCGCCCGAAAAUAUUAGAUCAACAGUACGUUGGGAUUAUCAGCCAAAUAUCUGCAAAGACUAUAAAGAAACGGGAUUUUGUGGUUUUGGUGACAGUUGUAUAUUUCUUCACGACAGAAGUGAUUAUAAGGCCGGCUGGCAGUUGGAGUUAGAGACACAACGUAAAGAUGACAACGAUGCCGAUGAAGAUCCCGAUAAAUAUGUCAUCCAAGAGGAUGACAAUCUCCCCUUUAAAUGUCUUAUUUGUCGCGAAAGUUUUGUAUCACCCGUUGUGACAAAAUGUAAGCAUUAUUUCUGCGAGAAGUGUGCUUUGAAUCACUUCAAGAAGACCGGCCGUUGCUAUGUCUGUCAGCAACAGACUGGAGGUGUCUUUAACAUCGCUAAAGAGCUCAUUAAACGACUUGAACAACACAAUCAUGAACUUCCUGAAGACUCCAUUUCAGAACCAAUCAAUGAAUUUGAAAAUAAAAGUGAAGACGAAUUGCAGGAAUCAGAUUGUGAUGACUCUGAAGAUUAA